AUGCAGUUGACAACACUCCUCCUCGGCGCUCUCGCCAGCGUGGCGUCCGCCCAAAAAACCUGGUCCGUCGCCGUCGCCAUGAACGGCAGCCUGACCUUCUCUCCCAACCGGCUAGUCGCCCAGCCCGGCGAGUUCGUGCAGUUCCAGUUCCACGCGGGCAACCACACGGUGACGCAGUCGACCUUCGACCAGCCGUGCCAGCCCAUCAACCAGCACAACUCGAGCAUCGCCGGCUUCCACUCGGGCUUCUUGCCCGCCGCUGCCAGUGCCGCCCAGGGCAUGAUCCCGACCUACACCAUCCAGGUCAACAACACCCAGCCGCUGUGGCUGUACUGUGCCCAGGGGAAGCACUGCGAGAAUGGCAUGGUGAUGGUUAUCAAUGAGCCCGCCGCGAACAAAUCCCGCACCCUCGAGUCCUUCAAGGCCCUCGCAGCCGGCGCCUCAACCGUCGUACCGGGCGGCGCGGCCGGCGCCGGUGGUACCACCGGCACUGGCACGACGGAUGGGACCAACCCGUCUGGCACGGGCGCCCCGGCCAGCGCGUCGUCACCUGGUGCUGCCGGCGUGGUUGGUGUGCCGGGUGGUAUGGCGCUUGCUGCGGCGGGUAUGGCGGCUGUGCUGUUUUUGUAG